CUGCGUCGGUCGGUUUUGACCGGCUGCUGAGGCAGCGAAGAGCUGUGGGCUCACCUCCUGGCUUUCCCGCGCCGUAGCGCCUCCUCCGUCGGCUUCCUCCUCGCACCGCUGUUCGCCCGCGCGCCGGCCGGCUUAGUCAUGGCGACCCGCAGCCCCAGCGUAGUGAUUAGUGAUGAUGAACCAGGCUAUGACCUAAGUUUAUUUUGUAUACCUAAUCAUUAUGCUGAGGAUUUGGAGAGGGUAUUUAUUCCUCAUGGACUAAUUAUGGACAGGACUGAAAGACUUGCUCGAGAUGUCAUGAAAGAGAUGGGAGGCCAUCACAUUGUAGCCCUCUGUGUGCUCAAGGGGGGCUAUAAAUUCUUUGCUGACCUGCUGGAUUACAUUAAAGCACUGAAUAGAAAUAGUGAUAGAUCCAUUCCUAUGACUGUAGAUUUUAUCAGACUGAAGAGCUACUGUAAUGACCAGUCAACAGGGGACAUAAAAGUUAUUGGUGGAGAUGAUCUCUCAACUUUAACUGGAAAGAAUGUCUUGAUUGUUGAAGAUAUAAUCGACACUGGCAAAACGAUGCAAACCUUGCUGUCCUUGGUCAAGCAGUACAACCCCAAAAUGGUUAAGGUCGCAAGCCUGCUGGUGAAAAGGACUUCUCGAAGUGUUGGAUAUAGGCCAGACUUUGUUGGAUUUGAAAUUCCAGACAAGUUUGUUGUUGGAUAUGCCCUUGACUAUAAUGAGUACUUCAGGGAUUUGAAUCAUGUUUGUGUCAUUAGUGAAACUGGAAAAGCCAAAUACAAAGCCUAAGAUGAGAGUCCGAAUUGAGUCUGCAAAACCGAGGCGUACCAUUGAUGUUGCCAGUAAAAUUAUCAAACGUUCUAGAUCUGUGGCCAUCUGCUUAGUAAAGCUUUAUGCAUGAACCUUCUAAGAAUGUUACGUUUUGUACUUUAGAAAUGUCAGUUGCCGCAUUCCUGAACUUUUUAUUUGCACUAUGAGCCUAUAGGCAGACUGUCACUUCCCUUUGAUGCCAUUUAACUUGUGAGUAAAAAAAAAACUUUUAAAUUACCACUAUUAAAUAAUAAUAAUAUUGAGAUUGUAUCUGUAAGAAGCAUUUAAAGAGAAGAUAUAUUAGUUUUUUAAUUGGUAUUUUAAUUUUUAUAUAUUCAGGAAAGAACAGAUGUAAUUGAAUAUUGUUAAUUAUUCCACCUUGCAUUUAGAACAGUCUGAAGCAGUCAAUUUCACAUCAAUAACAGCAUCUAAGAGGUUUUGUUCAGUUGAAUAAAGCUAUCUUUCAGCAGUGUUGACUGUAUAGCCCCACUUGGGUUAUUUGAGUGAAUCUUUGUCAACAGUUCCUUUUAAAAUGCAAAUAAAUAAAUUUCAAAAAUGUACCACUCUUGA